CGAGAUUUCCUCAACUCAAAUCCUUGCUUUUGUCUUCUACCUCUAAUUCUAUUCUCCGAAAUUAUUAUUUUAAAACAAUGGCAAGCUUUUACGAUCGGCCAGCCAUCACAGGAAAAAAACAAUUUGUUGAAGCGUUGCGUUAGGGUCGCUGCAACUGAAGUUCAAUGUUUCGCCAUAGAAUAUUGCUCACGUGCUGAAUUGCAAUCACUAUUUUUUAUGGUUGCAACCCGAUCUUUGUACCUCGGAAUUGUUAAAAGCACUUCAUUAAUUAACAAACUAAUGUCGCCACCUCGGGACCCCCUCGGAUUAAUAAUUUUACCCAAGUGGAUGACACAAGAAAUAAUGUGUGUAUAGUUAAUUAUCCUGACCUCACCUGCAAAACAAAACAUUAUUUAAGGACACAAUUCCAACGAAAAUGGUUGAGGUGACCUUGAAUGUGCCACUUAGCCAUCGCCACUUUGAGAUUAGGAAUUGGGAUCCACAUUCGUUGAACUCGGGAGCAAUCUCCAUCAUGGUUCCUCCUGACGCUGAUAAUUACCCAUCCAUUGAAUCUGCAAGGUAAAGUUUUCGCGGCCAAUUAUGAAGUGGCCGCACAAUAUAAAUGGCAAGUUCAAGCCAGUAUCGAUAAGCACUAUCACACCAAAAGAAUGGAACAGUCGCCAAAGAAAAAGGAGAAGGAAGAUGGACCGAGAGAGACCAAGUACAGAGGAGUACGGAGGCGACCAUGGGGGAAGUUCGCAGCAGAGAUUCGAGAUUCGAACAGGCACGGAGCUCGAAUAUGGCUGGGCACUUUCAGCACAGCAGAAGAAGCGGCGAGAGCCUAUGAUCGUGCGGCUUUUGGGAUGAGAGGGCAAUCGGCGAUUCUGAACUUCCCGGAAGAAUAUGGUUUGAGCAAUGGGGGAAGUGCUGGUGCUAGUAGUAGUAGCCACCAGCAUCGCUGUUCAUCGUCGUCUUCAAUGGUGGAAGCCCAGGGUCAGGGUGGGAGACAAGUGUUUGAGUUCGAGUGUUUGGAUGAUAAAUUGUUAGAGGACCUUCUCGAUCAUGCCGCCAAGAAAGAAGAGUAAAGCCUACCCUGUUGGCCUCUAAGCUAGGAAUUCAAUGGUCUCUCCAUAUAUAUAUAUAU